AUGGUGGCGUCUACUCCGGUGGGGAGAUCGAACGAGAAGGGAGGCUUGGCGCUUGCCUUCUUGGUCGUGCGCUGCUACUUGGCUGGAGUUGAGUUGAGUGGCGUACGUGAGCUGGAUCGCUUGGGGACAGGGCAGGAUGACGACAACGCGCUUCAACGGGGACUGCGAAGUGUCGUCAGCGAGAAGCCGGAGGACCAGUCUGUCGAGGGCGUCGAGCCCAACGGAGUGGCUGUUGGCAGCCAGAACGGCUCGGAGGCGGCUCCAGAACUGGAUCAUGAAGUGAAGAGGGGUGGCGUCGUCUUCCUCCCUGUCUUUGUCGUCAAGGCGAGAGCGGAGCUGGUCUUCGUCCGUUGGGGUCAUCCCUGA